GCCCUUGGGGCUAUAACUACCCCCACACCCUGCCUACCUCUUAGGUGUUGGGACUAAGGGUGCUGGGGAGGGGUAUGGCAGCACCAGCUCGUUUUAAGUGGUUUCCUUCAUUUACAACAGUGGUGCUCAAACUCUGGUCUGUGGAUAGUUCCCUCUGAGGGGCAUGCCUGGGUGGCCACACACCUAAUAGGAGCCCAGCAAGCUUGACUAUACUAAAUAGGUGCCUGUACCCUGGAAGAGACACAUGUAAGCUCCAGGGCUGCAGCUGCCUGGGAGAGACAGCCCUCCUUUCCAGCCUCAGCUCUGUGGUGAGGGAGAGACCCCCUCUUUCCCAGCCCCAGCUUGGGGGCUGCCACAGCAGGGGGGAGAGAGCACAUCCAUCGCAUUAGAAAGUGUGCAGGAGGCACUGGUAGGGAGAGAGAGGAGAUGAUCAGCAGGGCUGCUGGCGGGCAGGAGGUGCUGAAGGGAGGAGAACUUGGCUGCCGGUGCCCUACUGGAAAUACAAAACGAAAACCCCUGGGAUCUCAAUUUCAUACAUGUUGCAGUUAUGUUCAAAACGCUCUCUAAAUAGGUGGAGUAGAGAAUACUGGUGUCUGAGUUUGGGCCAGAAAGGAAGACAAAAGAAUUGAUUGAACUACUAAGUGAACAUUGAAGCACACACCUCGUAGAGCUCUAAGAUUUCAUUUUGUUCCGCCAGUAGCAUGAGCUGGGAUGACUUACGUUGCAAAGAAGUGUGGCAUUCGCUUUCAGCCUCCAUCCGUUAUCCUGAUCUAUGAAGAUAAAAACAAGGAUAGAGCACGCCAGCGCAUCAUGCCUAUCCGAAACUUCUCCAAGUUCUCAGAUUGCAGCAGGGCUGCAGAACAGCUGAAGAAUAACCCUCGGCACAAGGCUUACCUACAAGGGGUCUCACUGCAGCAGCUGCGGAAAUUAUACAGUUUGCUAAGAGGUCACUUGCAGGGAAAGAGUUUGGCCCAGAGCUUGGAGCAGAUUCAGCAAGAAGAGACCAUUGACCCAGAGGAGGACCUGAACAAACUAGAUGACAAGGAACUGGCAAAAAGGAAGAGUAUCAUGGAUGAGCUGUUUGAAAAGAACAGGAAGAAGAAGGAUGACCCAGACUUCACCUACAAUGUUGAGGUUGAGUUCCCACAAGAUGAGCAGCUGGAAUCCUGUGGCUGGGAUGCAGAGUUGGACAAUGAGUUCUGAUAAUGGACAAGGCCUCCCAGAUAAUCAGUAUGGAGAGAGAGAGAAAAAACCCAUAUUCUCAUUACACAAAGCACAGUUACUGUGUCCAUCAUAUUGCAUCAGUCUACAGAGCUUGACUGACACUGUUUACAAGUCAUACAACUGAUGCAUUUUACAUUGGUAAAUAAGAUCAGUGCCUAUGGUGUUUUAGCAGUUUGGGGAAUAGAUAAACAAUUUUUAAAAAGUCUUACAUGAAGCCUGAUAAAAAGGGACAUGGGGAUAUUGAAAAUUUUUAAAUGGUUAGAUUUGUAGCUGUUAUGUAACUGAAAUUUUAAAUCUGUCUUUCAGCAUUUAUUUGUAUUUUAAGGACUAAAAUAGAAUUGAAUAGAAACAAAAACAGAAAUGUAAACAGUGUUAAAGUUGCAAAUCUUUACAUCUAACUCCGAAGAAGAAACAUUCAGAUUCUUAUUAGUUAGGCUUUAAGUGUUAAUCUAUACUCUGUACACAAAUCAAUAUUGCAGAGAAAAUCUUACCUUUAGAUUUCUUGAGUUUUUAAAUCCAGUCAGUGUUCCAUGAAUGUACAUUUUUUUAUUUAAGAAAUAAAAUAUAUUUAGAAAACAGAUUAACCUUGGAGAUAUCAUUGACAUUUGCGGGGGGACGCGGGGGGGAGGGAUAGCUCAGUGGCUUGAGCACUCACUCAUGCCCGUCACCCCAGUUGGGGUCUGGGCCGCCAACAACAGUUCUCCAGAGUCCUCUAUCCUGGGCCAUUCGUUCUAACUGGUUCCAGGUAUAGCCCAUUUUUUUGCUAUCAGCCUGAAGGUCACGUCGCCAGGUGUUUCUUGGACGGCCUCUUUUCCGCUUGCCUUGGGGGUUCCACCGCAG